AUGCAAAAUCAUAUGGGUUGGUCCAUUGGUGGCAUAGCUACCAGUUUGCUUGAAGGAAAUCCCAUUGCUAUUGCUAUUACGGCGCUCAUCGCUUUUGGGCUACCGGUUUUGUUGCACCUAAUUUUCUACCAGACGGUUGCUUCUCCGUCGCUCUGUAAUUUUCUGCUUAUUGGACCGAGUGGAGCAGGCAAGACGGCUCUUCUGUCGCUGCUUGAAACAAAAUCAUCAUCUCUCGCGAAGCAAUCGCGGCUCACACAUAUGUCUCAAGCAUCCGCCUUAGCUACAGUCAGCCUGCCCGCCUCCGUUCCUACUGCUUCGAAUCGCUACCGGUCCGUCAAUGACUCCUCCUUGAAGGAUAUUUCUAGAAACCCGAUUAAAUAUCGUUUGAAGGAUACCCCCGGCCAUGGAAAACUACGUGAGUCGCGGGUGCUCUCAGAGCUCCACUCAAUGCUAUCGUCGAAAGACAACAAGUCCAAGCUACGCGGAGUUAUCUUUCUUGUCGACACUGCUGCUCUCUCCGAGGUGAAUGCUUUGCGGGAAGCAGCUUCCUAUUUGUAUGACGUGCUCUUGAUUCUCCAGAGACGUGCUCUGAGGAAGGGACGAUCUUCAAUCAAAGCGGCUUCUGAAAUUCCUGUACUUGUUGCUGCCAACAAGCAAGACCUCUUCACUGCCCUGCCUUCGAGAUCAGUGCAGGAGAAACUAGAGGCAGAGAUGGAUAGGAUUCGCAAAUCUAAAAGUAAGGGUAUUGUGGAUGUCAGUGCAGAUUCUGUCAUAGAGGAAGAUGAGGACGAAAUUCUGGGAAGUAGUGAUAUACGGAAUACCUUUAGCUUUAAACUUUUGGAGGAUGAAGUCGGGGUGAGAGUUGAAGUUGUUGGUGGUGCUGUCAAAGGCGACGAGGGAAGCAUUAUUGGGACAGGUGUAAGGAAGUGGGAAGAAUGGAUUGGCCAGUGCCUAUGA